AUGGGUACUCAUAACUUCUUCAGGCAGUAUUUUUUGCCAAGGAUUGGAUUACUCAAAAUUAUUACAGACUUCAUUGGAAAAGCGUCAGCAGUGGUUCAAGAAACUGUUUCAAUUUGCGAUCUGGAUCUGGAUGCAGGUGAUGAACUCGUCGAACAAUUGAAAGAAAUUUACGGCCAAGAAUCUGCUAUAUUUUGUCAAUGCGAUGUCACCGAUUAUCCGCAAUUCGAAGAAUCAUUUCAAAUGACAAUUUCAACCUUCGGACAUUUAGACAUAGUGAUUAACAAUGCAGGAAUAAUGAAUGAUAGGUUUUGGGAGCUUCAAGUGGACGUUAACUUGAAUGGUGUUAUUCGUGGUACUCUACUUGCACUGAGAUUUUUGGGUAAGGACCAAGGUUACCAGGGUGGAAUAUUGGUCAAUACUGCUUCAUCAGCCUAUUUUAGACCUCAAGUUUCAACGCCAAUUUAUACUGCUACUCAGCAUGCUGUUGUUGGAUUAAGCCGAUCAUAUGGGGCUGCAUAUCAUGUGGAAAGAACAGGAGUUCGAGUGAUAGCUCUAUGUCCAGGAUGGACUUCGACCGCUCUGGUAGGUGAUAUUAAGAAACAACUUAUGUCUGCUGAUUAUGAGGCAGCAUGGAAGGCUGAUAUCGCAAAUCAAAUUCAACAGAAACCAGAAGAUGUAGGUAAAGCUCUACUGCACGUUCUCAGAAACGCCAAAAGCGGUUCAGCCUGGAUUGUGGAAAAUGCUCAACCUGCACGUGAAGUGAGUUUUCCUGGACAAUAA